AUGGGAAAGGAAAAGACUCACGUUAACCUCGUUGUCAUCGGUCACGUCGAUGCCGGUAAGUCCACCACCACUGGUCACCUUAUCUACAAGUGCGGUGGUAUCGAUAAGCGAACCAUCGAGAAGUUCGAGAAGGAGGCCGACGAGCUUGGAAAGGGUUCUUUCAAGUACGCUUGGGUUCUUGACAAGCUUAAGGCUGAGCGAGAGCGAGGUAUCACCAUUGAUAUUGCUCUCUGGAAGUUCCAGACCCCUAAGUACUACGUCACCGUUAUUGAUGCUCCCGGUCACCGAGAUUUCAUCAAGAACAUGAUCACCGGUACCUCCCAGGCCGACUGUGCCAUCCUCAUCAUUGCUGGUGGUGUUGGUGAGUUCGAGGCUGGUAUCUCCAAGGACGGUCAGACCCGAGAGCACGCUCUGCUCGCUUUCACCCUCGGUGUCAAGCAGCUGAUUGUUGCCAUCAACAAGAUGGACUCCGUCAAGUGGUCUCAGGAUCGAUACAACGAGAUCUGCAAGGAGACCGCCAACUUCGUCAAGAAGGUUGGUUACAACCCUAAGUCUGUCCCCUUUGUCCCUAUUUCCGGAUGGAACGGUGACAACAUGAUUGAGGCCUCCACCAACUGUGACUGGUACAAGGGCUGGACCAAGGAGACCAAGGCCGGUGAGGUCAAGGGUAAGACCCUCCUUGAGGCCAUUGACGCCAUUGAGCCCCCCGUGCGACCCUCCGACAAGCCCCUCCGACUUCCUCUCCAGGAUGUCUACAAGAUCGGUGGUAUCGGCACAGUGCCCGUUGGCCGAGUCGAGACCGGUGUUAUCAAGGCCGGUAUGGUUGUUACCUUCGCUCCCGCCAACGUGACCACUGAGGUCAAGUCUGUCGAGAUGCACCACGAGAUCCUCCCCGACGGAGGUUUCCCCGGUGACAACGUUGGCUUCAACGUCAAGAACGUUUCCGUCAAGGAUAUCCGACGAGGUAACGUUGCCGGUGACUCCAAGAACGACCCCCCUAAGGGCUGCGACUCUUUCAACGCUCAGGUCAUUGUUCUUAACCACCCCGGUCAGAUCGGUGCUGGUUACGCUCCCGUUCUUGAUUGCCACACUGCCCACAUUGCCUGCAAGUUCGACACCCUGAUCGAGAAGAUCGACCGACGAACCGGUAAGAAGAUGGAGGACUCCCCCAAGUUCAUCAAGUCUGGUGAUGCCGCCAUUGUCAAGAUGGUCCCCUCCAAGCCCAUGUGUGUUGAGGCCUUCACUGAGUACCCCCCUCUUGGUCGAUUCGCCGUCCGAGACAUGCGACAGACCGUUGCUGUCGGUGUCAUCAAGUCCGUCGAGAAGUCCGACAAGGCUGGUGGAAAGGUCACCAAGGCUGCCCAGAAGGCUGCCAAGAAAUAA